UUGUUACGUAUAUUUUUAAUUUCUGUUCAUUCAAGAAUUUCUGAAGUGCUUAAGAAAAAUUUACGUUAAAAUUAUUCUUGGAAAAUUAUUCAUUCAAUCGGAAGAUCUUUCAACAUCAAUAAUAAAAUCUCAGACUACAGCUGUGGUUUCAAAGACACGUUAAAUAAAAAACGUCGAGAAUAAAAUAAUAGAAUUGCAUGGUAAUAGUAGGUAAUCUUCUAGCGACUGAUUCACUUCCAACGUCACCAUUGGUUAACAGUCACUGAGGCCCCACAUUGGCCAAUGAGAAUUUUUGAAUAUCUCUGGUAUCAACGAAUGAAAUGAAGUGACGGCAAAAGAGGGGUGAAAGGAAAGUCGGUUGCGAAUUUUGUUAUUUCUCGACACUCGACAGCGCCGUGAACGGCAGUUUUAAAAGCAUCGCGGUAGUUUCCUGUGGCGUGUUAGUUUUCCGUGCGCGAUAAGAUAAAAAAAAGUAUAAUACAACGCCGAUUUUAAUCGAAGCCGGCCCUUGUUUUCGUUUUUAACCGAUAUAUAUAUUGAAAAAAACUGAAGUAUUCAAAAAUUCAGCAAGAAUGUCGCCAAGAAAAACGAGACGAGGUGCAAAGAUCGACGAUGCUAAUGAAACUCUUUUAGAAACAACCAUGAAAAAGUCUCUGGAAUGUUCUCCGCCAACCAGUGCACGCACACUACGAACACGACGUCAAUUGUCAAAGACUAUAUCUCAAGAUUCAGACGUAGAAGAUUCGCCACAGAUUAAUAAAACACAAAAUACGUUAGCCCAAAACACACCGAGGAGUAAAGCUGCCAAAUCACGAAAAAAGGCAAAAGCAGAUGUAGUUGUACUUGAUGAGUCGAGCGCUCAAGAUAUCGAAUCGUCAAGAACAAUGAAACGUGGUAGAAGAGGGAAGAACAACGAAGGACCAAUCGAGCAGUCGAUUCUGUUGGACAAUUCGAAUGUGAACGAUUCACAAGUUGAAAAAGUGCAAGCGACAAAAUCGCGCAAGAGAACAACAAAAAAAGAAGAUUCGAAAAGCGCGGAGGAAAGCGGGGAAGCAAGGCGAGGAAAGAGAAGGAACGGGAUGAUUCGAGAAAAUGUAUCGGUAGUAGGAACCGAUACUGAGGUUUUGACGAAUUCGGAAACCGAAGAAGUUCCAAUGUCGGUCGAGGGCGCGGAAGUUAAACAUGCUUCUGAUAAAACUCCGGAUUCAAGAGUACCGUCGAUUUCAACGCCAUCGAGUGCACGUUCGGUUGCAAAGCGACGAGGUCGUCCUACUAAUAAAACAAGACUGGAAGAUUUUACCCCAGAGAGUAGCCCGAUAGCGAUAAAUUUAUCGCCACAUCGUACAACUAAAACCCCGAGGAAAUCACCCAUGAAUUUUGGUUCGCCAAAGUCACACGCCGAGCAGCCUCUUCGGUUGACAAGAACCCCGAGGAAGUUGCCGGUCGUCGUUGAAUCGCCUGCAGGUUCGGAAAAGUCGAUCGAUUCGUCGAUCAACGGUACAUCAAAAGAAUCGCCAAAUCAUACAAGCCCAAGUAAUACAAAUCUCGUCGGGGGGAACAGCGCGAGUAAAAAAAAGCGUACGCCUAAAAUAAAAUCACCAGUGAAAUCGCCUCGUAAAACUCCAUCGAAGGAUCUCGUAGUGCGCAAAUUCUCGAAAUCCCCGAAAAUCGUGCUCGCAACGCCUAAAGCAAAAUCACAGAAGAAGAGUCCUCGGGUAGUUGCGAGCAAAGCCAAGAAAUCGCCAAAGCUAAAAUCUUCUGCCAAAAGUCCAAUUAAGUUGAAGAAUCUGAAGAGCCCGACAGAAAAGAGUGAGGAUGCAAUUGUUGAUAAAAUCGAUUCACCGGCAAGUGCGAAGAAAGAAAAAAGACCGGCCAGUUCAAAGAAAUCCGUAACACCUUCAAGUGCGUUAAAUCUCAGAGGAAUCGAGUCACAGAGUAACAAAGCGUCGCCGCAAACUUCUAAACCCUCGAACUCCCCUAAAUACGUAAACCCGAGCGGUCAAACGAAUUUGCCGAUAGUCGUACUUAACAAAAUGCAAGAUGAAACAGUGAUCACGCCGAAAAAGACGAGGAAAUCUUCGUCGCCUAAGAGCAAUAACGCCUCGAUCGACAGUUCCCUGAAAGUAACACCGAUCAAAACCCCAAGUGCCGAGAAACGUAUGUCUCAAGGUGGAGAAAGCCCGCGGAGACCCAAAUCAACCGUGAAAAAACGUACACCGAUCACAGAUUCAGGUACGCCAUUGAGACCGAUCGAAAGUCCUCGUACCAGUUCCGGGAGGAUAUCGAUCGUCAAUUCUCUUGGAUCAGAAAAGAACACACCAGCAGAGACAAGAAUAACGAGAAAUGUGGGGGAGAACAACGUACGAAUGUUAUCGUCGACACCGCGCGAGAGGAUUCGUCGAUCGUUGAAUCUUUCACCGAGUCUUGGUACGUCUUUAACCGCAAUUCCUGACAGUCCUCCCAUCAACGGGCGACUUGUUGGCAGUUCGACACUAAUCACCGAAGGGCGUGCAAACCGGAGUUUGAAUAUCGAGGACAUAUCGAAUCCGCUUAUAAGCGAGGACGAUGAUUCAAUUUCUCUGAUCGAAGCCUCGAAAAAAGGAGAAGAAACGUGUUUAGACGGGACCUUUGAAAUAGCCAAGAAAAAUGUAUCAAACAGCGACGAGGCUGAAGAGGAGAAAACUGCUGACGGAACGUACGAAUUGAUCGAGCCAAAAACACCGGUUUUGCGUCGUAAAGCGGCCAAACGAAGUAUAGCAGAGAUUGACACGAGCACCGAUGAAAGAAUAACCAAACGCGCUUGUCGAGUAAGAUUUGCAAGUCCGCCACCCAACCUCGAAGAAAAUAAGCCGCACGAAACGGGAAGAGCAAAAUCGGCUACACCUGGACCACGAGUUAGUGAAAGACGCUUCACUCCCGGAAGCGGCAAAGUUACUGUUCCGAGGAAAAUCGCUGACCGUAAGAGAUCCAACUCUUUGAGUGACGUUUCUGUUCUGAAAACGCCGAUUGCCGCCAGUUCUAAAAGGAGAUCGAAUUCCACCACCGGUGCGAACGUUGUCCCGAUUAGUAAAUCCGCUCAACUUGCAUCUGUCAACAGACUCAGCAAACCCAGACUCUCGAUCCACCAAUCAAACAAAAAAACAGAGUCGAAAACGCCACUUGCCAGAAAAGUUCCCAAUUUCGCUCAAAUUCACCAGAAAAAAUUCGCCCAAAUGGAAUCUCUCGUCGACGCCAAAAGGAGAGUCGAAAAACGUCACUUGGCUAUAAGCACUCAAAUCCCGACAAGUUUAUCGAAAGUUAAUACAGCCACUCGUUCUAAGCCAAAAAUGUCACCGAAAAGUUCGACUCCAAGUGUCCCUGUAAAUGGUGCUUACAAUCGAUAUGGAUUUAAAUUGAGGAAGAAUGAGGCUAUCAAAAUUGUUUCGCAGAAACAACAGCCAGUUCCAAAAAGGGAAACGAAGCAGAGUGAAAAUCGAAGCCUUCUCAAAGGUGUGCGCACAAAUCGGCGAUUCGAUUUGAUAAUGAAGGCCCGGAAUAUAAAUUAAAAAGUGCUACUUUGUCCUUGAAAUGCGUACCAACAACAUUAUUUUUCUGAAAUGAAUAACUCUGUUCUACUUUUGCUUUUGUCUGUAAAGUUACGAUUGUUUUUUUUUCUUUUUUUAAUUAUUUUAUAUAUAUUUUUCCUUGACAUGUAACGUAGAAAUAAGGUUUAAAUAAUAUUUCACAGAAAAAAAACUACCGUAUGUGCAACUCUCGUACUCUCGAUCUUAAAUUCAGUGCCUUCAGACUCCUCUUUACUCUCCCAACGAAAUAUGUUGUGAGUUUUUGAAAAUUCUUUCGUUUUAUAUGAAUAUACGCAAAUUGUUUUACAACAUUGAUAGCACCGAAGUUCUUUCAGAAAAGAAUAGAAUUUAUAUUCCUUUUUGGGGUCAUGAGUAAUGUGAGUUCAAAGUUCUAAAGAUUCAACAAUUUCGAAAGGAAAAAACUCGAAUACAUAUAUUUUUUGAGAACUACACAGUCCUUUUGAACUUACAGUUAUAUAUAUAUAUAUAUAUAUAGAUAAGUGAAUAUAUAUAUAUAUACCAAUGAAAAUUGUAUUAUAAUAUAAUUAUAAGAUCUUUCCUCUCCUUGUACGUUUAAUGCUUACGAUUUUUUUGGAGCUCAUGAAGUGCGGAAUAAGACUUGACAUGCUCUGAGUACUGUACUACGAUAAUAUGCUUUAUCAGUUGGUUUGUGUAAAAUGUUUCCUCUAGUUUUUAUAAGGAUUAUUGAUAUCAUCGAAGUUACAAAUGUCAAAUGUAAAGUUAGCAAUUUGCUAUAAAUAAAAAAUGGUUGACACGUCAA